AUGGAAGGAGGAGUCGCCUUUCACGGAGCCCUCGCUCGCUCCCACACCUCGCAGCCCACGUCUGUCGCCAACGCCCACUCGCGCAUAGCCUCCAACGGCGGGCCCCCCGGCCUCAUGUCCCACCAGAGCUACCAGAGCCAAUACUCGAGCUAUUCGCACAGCAGCGCGCGCGACACGCACUCGACCCAGGCCACGGCCACGACGACGCUGUUCGGCCAGCAGCCGCCGCCGCCGCCCGUCUUCCCCACGGGCACGCCCGUCAACGGUGGCCCCGUCGAGGCCUCGGACAACGUCCUCAACAAACGCGCCGACAAGGACACGUCGUUGUUCCAGCGAUGUCUGACGCUGCCCAUGCGCCUGCGCGCCAUCCCCGGCUUCGAGCGCUGGAUGGCCGAGGAGGAGGGCAAGGCUGACGACGACGCCGACCCCGUCACCCUGCUGUGGCGCACCUUCCGCCGUGGCUACCCGCUGAUGGAGCUGUACAACGCCCUCGACCCCGACGUGCUGCUGAGCCUGCCCAGCGCCAAGAACGACGAGAAGAGCCAGAAGAAGAACGAGAAGAUGGCCACGUACAAGUUCAUCCAGGCCUGCGUCAGCGAGCUGGGCAUCCCGCAGGAGGCCUGCUUCAUCCUCGGCGACCUGUACGGCGACGACACGACUGGCUUCGUCAAGGUCAUCAACGUCGUCAACCGCGUCCUCGACUCGCUCGUCCAGAUGGGCAAGCUCACCAACGACACCGUCGACCGCUCAGAAACCGCCUCCGUCACCUCCGUCGUCAAGCGCACCCAGCGCGAGCACAUCAUCGACGAGCUCGUCAAGACCGAGCGCACAUACGUCCAGCAUCUCGAGCUGCUGCAGGAGUUCAAGAAGCUCGUCGAAGAAAAGGGCGUCAUCAGCGGAGACCAGGUCUACGACAUUUUCCUGAACCUCAACGCGCUCCUCGAUUUCCAGCGCCGCUUCCUGAUCCGCGUCGAGCAGACCAACGCACAGCCUGCCUCGGAGCAGAAUUGGGGGAACCUGUUUGUGCUGUACAAGGAAGCUUUCAAGGUCUACGAGCCGUACAUUGCCAACCAGAAGAGAUGCGAACAGAUUGCCAUGCGGGAGUUCGAUAAGCUCAAGGAAACCGGCGGGCCGCCUGAAAUGCGACAGAUGGUCGAGUCCCCAACACUCCUGGCAUCUUUCCUGUUGAAGCCCUUCCAGCGCCUGACCAAGUACCCCCUGCUGCUUCGCGAACUCCGAGACAAGGGCGAUCUGGACGAAGCCAGAAAAGCAGACAUCUCGCGCGGUAUCGAGGCAGCUUCCUCGGUUCUUGCGGGCACAAACGACGCCAUCGCCAAGGAAGAACGCGCCGAGGCGGUAGAAGAGCUCAGGACUCUGGUCGAGGACUGGAAAGGUCAUCGCAUUGAGGGGUUUGGCGACUUGCUCCUUUACGGUCAAUUCACGGUCCUGAAGGGCGAGAGCAUGAGCUCGAAGAACGAGGAGCGCGAGUACAAAAUCUACCUCUUUGAGAUGAUACUCCUUUGCUGCAAAGAGAUCAACGUCAACAAGCCCAAGAACAAAAUGACUACGAGACAACUGCUCACCAAGGACGGAAAGCCAAAACUACAGCUAAAAGGUCGAAUCUUCAUGCAAAAUGUCACAGAGACCAUCUCACUGCAGAAGCCAGGUUCAUAUACAUGCCAGAUUUUCUGGAAAGGAGACCCUGGAAUCGAGAACUUCAUCAUCCGCUUCGCGUCCGAAGAGACCAUGAAAAAGUGGGCUGCUCAGGUGGACACGCAAAGACGGGCCUGGAACGAAAGUGCACGCUCGAGCGUUAGUACCACGGCGGCCAAGCCCUCAGACACACAGUUUGCCUAUAUGCAAGGCCAAGUAUUGGAGAACCCCUACCAGGAAGAUGACGACGAGGACGUCGAAGAGGACCAUGACCCCCUUGUUCCCAGUUAUCAACGAGAUAGUUACGGAACACGACAAAACAGCUCCAGUGCCUCCAUACGGUCGCGAUCAACGACAGGGGAAAGCGGUCCUCCCGUUGAGGAUCACAGAGUACAACCCCCACGAUUUCCCAUGGGCGCUUCCGCCCAACCACCACUCAUGUUGCGUACUCAGCAACUCCAAAACUCAGGCAAUUUCGAAUCCCACUUUUCUCCGACUGUCGAGACACCCAUGUCAACGUUUUCAAAUCCGCGAACAAGUACAUCAUCUACAAGCACAUUCCCUUUCCCACGCCAGGCGCCGCCGCAAAAUGGUUAUACAACUGAAGAAAACAACCGUUAUACUGCACCAGCUCCAUCUCGUCGUGAGGGAUCUGGUCAGUAUCAGCCACAACGAGCCCAACGACCAUCAUUGCCUGCCAACGCCAUAUCUUCUCAAGGUCGACUGAGAGCAGCUAGUAGCCCGGAUAUCAACAUCCAACUAGGAGGCCGCAGAACACCGAGUGGACCGCAACGUCCCGUCCCUGAAGUCCCACCAUUUCCAACACACUACGCUUACAAUGCGGCGAUUGUUAAUCGCAGUGCAAGCAAUUCACCAAACGGUAUGCCACCUCGGACUGCGACGCAAUCACCAGCCAUCCAACGGGAUCGUCUCAUACAGCAACGUACUGCCGACGAAUUGGUGAACCCGAGUUACGGGGGAGCUGCACGCCGCGAUCCAAACUUCACACCGUUGUCCCGCACAAUGACACCCGCCUCAUCGUUCGAGCGAAGUCAGGGCACACUAACACCAGCAUCGAUGGACUCCCGAAACAUGUCUCCGCCACUUUCGCAGCAGGAAUCCCUCAUCCCAAGCCAACUCAAAGUCAAGGUCGUCUGCCCAUCAGCAGGCAGCACAAUGGUCCUGGUCGUCAGCACAAACAUCAGCUUCCAGUCCCUCAAGGACCGCAUCGACGCUAAACUCCAACGCUCGACAUCGGUGUCCCUCGGGUCCGGCCAGGUCAAGUUAAAAUACAUCGAUAGCGAGGGCACGUACGUCAGCAUCCAGUGCGACGACGACGUGCAAGAGGCGUUUGAAAACUGGAAGGAGCAGCAGCGCGACCUGAAUCCUGGGGGCGGCCUGGGCGAGAUCGAACUCUUCUGCCAACGGUAA